CAGUUUAUUUUGGCACUUCAAUUGAAGCUUUUGUUUUGCUAAGCAUUUUCAUAAAACAUUUAAAAUGAUUGGCUUUAUAAUAGGUAUUUCGAUUGGUUUUACAAUAUUUUUUGUAAUUUCCGCUGUGGUGGUUAUGAAAAGGCGACGAAUGGGGAACCAAAAUGUGGGCUAUAUCAUCAACGACAGUGGCACCCGUGUUGUUGCACCUGUUGGGAUUCCCCAAACUCACUACCAACGACCAGGUGUUCCUGUCACCCACUAUACACCAGCUGGCGUUCCAGUCACACAUUAUACACAAGCUGGAGUUCCAGUUACGCAUUAUACACAAGGGGGAGUUCCCGUAGUACAAUAUCCACCUCCAAGCUAUCAGCCUAAUGUCUAUCCUCAUCCAACCUCAAGCCAAGUCACUGUGCAGUUGACGGCAACGCCUAGCACAUAUUCACCUAAUCAACCUCCUCAACAAAGAGUUUUAAGCAAUGGAAAUACACCUGGUGCUGAAAUAAGUGCUCUGCCAAGCAACGAUGAAAAAAAGAACAUGCAACAAACCCACGAGGGGGCAGUGGAAACAGUUAGUCAAAUCUAAACACAUUAUUAAAUGACGAUUAUCUUAUCAAAUAUU